AUGGAUGGGAAACGAAGCGCGACGGAUCCAGCAACACAGGAUACCCGGAAGAAAAGGAAACACAUCAGGACAUGCACUUUUUGUCGACAGAGGAAAGUGAGAUGUGAUCAAGGGAGACCGCUUUGCUCGUCUUGCAAGGCGAGGGGCUUCUCCGAGUGCAUCUAUUUGGAGGAUGCUGAUAUUACCAACGAAGAUUACGAGCUCAGUUUGUCCAUUAUACCGCGAAUCAAUAUUUCACAACAGAUCAGCAGUCUACAGAAAGAACUUGAAACGUUGAACAGGAAAUUGUGCAAUGAGACCACUAUAGAAGAGUUUAUGAGCGAAGCUAGCCCCAAUGAUAGGACAACGACAGACGUUGAGAAGCCGACAAACCCACUCUACGAUUUUGUACAUUUACAAGUGAAGGAAUCUGGGAGACGCAUAAUGUAUGGACCUACAUCGGUCAGAUCGUAUAUCGUCAUGGAUAAAUGGGGGUUUGGUGCAAAGGCGUACCAAUUACUCUCGAAGGUCAAACUGGAGCGCAGAAAAUGGAAACUAAAGAACAAGCCUGUAACCACUCUACGGGAGCUUGGAACCAUAGAGGACGAGUAUGACGUUACGUUUAAAAACUUGAUUUCUGAAGUGUGUCACGAUCUGCCCACUAUUGAAAAGUGUCAUGAGAUACUGCAGACAUUUUUCAACACAGAUAACGACGAGUUGUACCAUAUGAAUAGAAUAUUGGACCCAAACAAAGUAAUAAAGGAUUUCUUUGCUUCUUUUGUCCCACGGACAUUUAUCGGGAAGAUGGAUGGUCCGGAAAAGCGCUUCGAUCUUGUACCUGGUCCUAAGAAGAACUACUAUAAACUUGGUGUCAUCUUGAUGAUAAUUUGCAUUGUACACUAUGAGGCGACUAUCCCGAACUCGGUGCACCAUUUGCUUGUUCGAUUAACCGGGAUGGCUACUGCAAAAGUCUUUCAUGUCGAACGUGUACAGUUUCUGGUAAUGAGAUGCGAGUACAUCAAAUUACACUGUCCUAACGGUGACGACACACAUCUACUAAACCUGAUCAGUUUGGCGGCUUCGAAUGCAGUUGUUUUGGGUUUAAAUAGGGACAUUCAUCAACUGUACAAAGAUCAGGAGAGUGUGGUUGGGACUCUCGACUCGUUGGAGAACUUAUGGUAUGCAAUACUUUUGGCAGACGCAGAGUGCUCCUUCCAAAUGGGUAAGCCCCUAUAUGUACCGAAAACGUUCAUCAAUGUGUGCUCUUACGAGGAAGAGAGAAUCGAUGUUACGCGAGAUAAGUACAGAGCGUAUAAAUCUCGGCUGCAACGAUUUUUGAAGCUUAUUAGACCGAUGCUUUUAAACAUCACGGAAAUGAAUGGGAGACCAAAUUUGAAGAUUUACACGACCACAUUACUUUCUUUUCUAGAGAAGGAGCUAAUGCCCGUGGCAUAUUUCACGAGCGAUACGAUGAUAAACACACUUUACAUGCGGGACAUCCGACUUUUCAUAUUCAUAUUGCAAAUGUGUCUGUGUUUUGUGUCUCUUCGGUUUGCCGUCUUUGGAGAACGAUCCAAAGAGUUAAAGCAACUGUGUAUUCAGAUAUCGUUGGUUCUCUUCAAAUGCGACAAUGUGCUACUACACCGGUGCUUUGCCUUGGACAAAAAAUGGCACAAGAAGUACUUUGAAAAUAUAUCAGCCCAGAAGGGCAUCCCACCGUACAUGUCGCUACACUGUUACAUAACGAUGGGUCUCGCGAUACGGGUGACCUCUGUUUUCUGUCCCAUGCUGUAUCACAAAUUUACGAGAUUUGAUGGCGGUUUGCUCUUUCAAGAUGGUGAUGUUGCGACCGACUGGGACUACACGUACAUUGUGAAGCCGCCAGGGUCGAAGGAGCAAGGUAAUUAUACUCUGUUGGCUUACCAAGUGUACUGUCAACUACUCUCGCUCGUUUCGGAUCCUGAAGAUCCGGAAUUGAAGGCUGUCCUUAAGAAGUCCCAGUUCCUGCACAUCGUGCUAGCCUUGGAGAAAGUGUACCGAACGGUAAUCAAAAAGGCACUGGAGUUCAGACAGAUGUCAGAGAGUAUAUGGAGGGAGAACAAUGACCAGGAGAUGGACUUGGCCACCGGUAGCCCCAUCACCGCAACAAUACCUGUGGCGGUACCAGCUACCAGUCCCCCAUUUGGGGGUCCAGCAGUGGACU